AUGAAGAACAAAUUCCUCCUUAUUUUUCUACUUAUUUCAAGCUGCGAUGUCAACAAUGGGGUUGAAAUGGAAUUCAAGUGUAAGUAAAACUAAGUUUAGCCUAAAUGAUUUUCAGCGAACCUCUUCAGCGGAAGCAUGUCGAAGAUCGUAGUCGAUAAUUUUACCACAACUGAAAUUUGUUCAUUGUGCUUUAACAACUCUUUCAUUCUUUUCUUGAAUUCGUAGUAUGUAAGCUUGAGCAAUCGCCGUUUUUUCCUUCAACGUCGAAUUCAGCUUUGGCUGUGAAACUAACUAGAGAGAUAUGCCAAGGUUGUGAAAAGUUGGAAAAUUGCACAACAUUCGAAGGGAGCAUUCAAAUACAAAUCGUGAGAGACGCACGUCCAGAGGUAAUGAGUCAGCUUCGCUUUCCCAAGCUUACAGAAAUUACGGGUUAUUUGCUGGUUUCAUUAGUGUACGGCGAGCGGAGUUUAAAAGAAAUGUUUCCCAACCUUGCUGUCAUCAGAGGAAAGGAGCUUUUUCUCGAUUAUUCUCUCGUCAUCUACGAGAAUGACGGACUGCGAGAAAUCAACCUCCCUUCUCUUACUUCUAUUUUGGAUGGAGGUGUACGCAUCGAGAAGAAUAUAAAUCUUUGCUACGUUAAAACAAUACGAUGGGAGUCUAUUAUGAACAGCAAUAAUUCCUUGGCUUUGGGCACGAACAAUAAUGACUGCUACGAUACAUGCUUUGGAGGGAAAUGCAAGCCCCCAGCUGGUCAUGGCCGUUCGACAAGACAAUAUUGUUGGGCACCAGGAAAGGAUGCACAAAACGCUGAUUGUCAGCCUUGUAAGUGUCAUUUUUGAUUCCUUGUACAUAUCUUUGUUGUGACAUAUAAUUUUGUUGUUGUUAAUGAUUAUUAUACAAUUACCGUAAACCUUUUUAAUGGACACUUCUGCCGGGACGGGGAAUACUUGAGCCCGGAGCUGGCUCACUUUGCAUUACAUACAGUUACAUUUGCAUUUAUGAGUUUUAUUCCUUUAUUACAUGAAGCCGGUCUAUUAAAUGAAACCUGAUUUGUUGCAAGACAGGUUUGAUUCGUGGGUGGUAAAAUGUGCAACAUCAUCACUAUUCAACUUGUUUUGCAGCAGUGAUGCAAAAUGAGUAACCUGCGAUCAGGUGUUCUUCCCCUUUUGUUUGGAAGAUGAGGGGAAAAGGAUGCCUGAUAUAUUUACUUUGCGCGUUGUCUUCCCAUAGACCAGAAUCUGGACUUUUGUCUGAUUAGUCAAAAACAAAAGAUCCUUUGGAGCCCUGCACUGAUUGGUCAAGGAACAUAUCUGACUUCCGGAGUUAUUACAGGGUUCGAAAUUAACUUUUUCGUUCGGGAGCCUGCUGGGGACUAACAGAAAACUUUUGGUUGCCAGAUUGCAAAUUUUGGUCGGCAACCUAUUUUAUACAUAACUUACACAAGACCACGAUUUUAUACGUUACUUUGCAUGCAAGAAAAGUCACAACUGAAGAGCGAAAACAAUUAGAAACAACACGAAUAACUCUUAGUUAUAAAGCUACCGUUGUUCUCAGGUGAUAUGUCUCUGGUCCGAAGGUGAUGGUUGUCUCCAUAGUCAUUUUAAAUGAAGCGAAGCAUAAAACGUUUUAAGUCCGUGGUUUUCAUUCUGAGACAAACACGGGUCCUUGCGUAUUUGCCCUUUGCUACUUCUACAAAAUGCCGCUCUUUAUUUUUGACUUGCUUUCCUCUACGCCUUUUGCUGCUGACAAACAAUGCCAUGCUUGGCCCAGGCCUCUGCACAACCACAUUGCUCAUACCAGCCUCCGACCGGGAGGAAACAAAAAUGGGCUUAGUGCAGUUUUUAGGUCUUCGUUUCAUUUGAGACAGAACGUUUUCGGAAAAUAAAACCUAAAAUAUUGUGGGACUUACGGAAGCACCGCUUGAAUUGAAUCGCUAUCUCCUUACCUUAAAGUAUAAAGAAACGUUGUUAAGAACUAUUCACUCAGGUACUUUUUCUAGUAGUGAUAGUUUGGAUAAUUUUUAACCUUUUGGCUGAAUCUUCAUUCCCACUCGUAAAAACUCACGUAAUUCCUUCAACUGAUUUGUAUCUGCAGCCAUUUUCGCGGCAAAUGAAAAGCACACGGUGUUGAAGUGCGCCUACGAUCCCAGUUUUGGAAGAAGCAGCUGAAACAAUAUGGCGCGCCGUGAAUGUAGUAUCGACGUGUCAAAAUAUAUUCAAUUUAUUCGAUUAUCUUAUAAUAUUCAGACAUCAUUUUACUGGGGACGGAAAGGGGAGUUGUCUACUAGCUACCAUAUUCGAUUGAUUUCCUAAUAUAAAGAUUUAAAAGCAAAAGUUGUGUUGUGGUUUUCUUUAGUCGUUGGACAAAACGCGAGUCACCAGCUGGCAACCAGUCCUGAAAAUUUAGUUGCCAGUGCUUAAUUUUUGGUUGCAUUGGCGACCAGUGAGUCGCAAUUUCAAGCCCUGUAUUAGGUAGGUUUUGUCACCCUCAUCUCUUCAUGACAGAAACCACAAGAUGAUGAAGGAAUUCUAUGAACAGCAAGCUUAUGUUUUAAAGCUACAGUCACUGGCUUAAUUGUUGAGACAUACUCAAAUAGGGUAACUUCAGAGAACAAAAGAAUCCACACCCCUCUCUGUCCCCUCCAUUCAAAGUGGGAGUGUCUGUUGUUUUCUAAAGGUAGCUUGAACAGUGACACAACAUUGCAUGGAGGGGAUGUUGGAGGAAAAGCUAUAUUUUACCCUUUUGAAGUCAGGAAAAUGUCAAAAAGCCCCUUUAGGGCGAAGUGUCUCAACUCAUUUUGUUGGCGAUUGUAGUUCUUAAAAGAAAAAAAAUCAAUACUUUUUUAAUGAAUCAAGUCAACAAUGAACAGAGAAAAAUCUUGACGGCUGAGAUAAGGACGAGUUGAUAUUUGUCAGCGGUAAGGAUAUCUGCCAUUUCUUCUUCCAUGCUUUCUUGCUCGUAAAAGGCAAAAUUGUUGUCCUCUAUUUCUGAUCGAGGUCAACUGAAGCGUCAACUGAAGUGUGAAAUUGUGUAAAAAAUAAUUAUUGAUGAUUUUAAACCCACACUUUUGUGAACUGAUGAAAGACCAUGAAAGAUUUUUUGCGCAGAAUUAAUAAUUACUAUACUUUUGACCACUUCCAGUAAAGUACAGAAUUGCAUUGAUCCCCUGUUGUUUCCAAUAAAUUAUUAAUUUGUUCGACUUGAUGGUUCUUGCUGUUCUAACAAGACCCAUUUUGUAGGAAAAUGAAGUGAAACUAAAAUAGUUGGUUAGGAGCCCCGUGAAAGUUUUCUUACGGAAAGAGGGUUGUUAUUGACCAAGACAUCCAAGAAAGCUAACUUGUUCUCAUAACUUUUUGUGUCAUAACCAUUGUAAUUAUUUCAAUUUUUACAAUUUUCUUCCUUGUAUUAAGUGUAGUGCUCGCGCAAGUGUCAUUCCAUGUCUCGUGCAUCUUAAAAUUGUACGUUAAUUUUUCGAAAUUUUGAAUUGUUUCAUGUUUUAACUUAUACGUCAUCCCUUGUAUUAAUUCAACCGAACUUGCAAACAAAUUCACAACUGAAGAUGAUUGUUGAACGAUCAAAACAUGUCUUGUUUUAAACUUAAAGUUGUUGUCCAUUUUUUAAAAAUAGUUACUUGCCUGCUAUUAUCCAGAUAAUUUGAACUAUUUUCCAGUUCCAAAGGUCUUGAAUUUGACCAAAAAAAUGCAAAAAAUUCAAAUGCUGCACCUAAUCGCAUAAGAACAAAGCCAUUAAUGUCCUUGUCUGUAUUUGACUGUUGUAAAUUCCAGUUUUCCUUACCUUUGCACUGCUGUCCCAGUUUCGGUGGUGGAUGAAACACUGACACCCAGUCCAUGGACAACCCCCAUGGACUACCCAUAUGGACUACUGCUGCUGAAGUUUAAUGGUUAGGGUUAGCAACUGAGUGAAUCAAGUUUUAGGUCACUUUUCCCAAGAUAUAGCCCCUAUUAAAAAAAAUGGAACCUUAUUCACUCAAUUUCCUAACCCUAAUCACUAAACUUGAGCGGGCUAGUCCAUUUUAGGGUAGUCCAUAUUGGUAGUCCAUGGACUGGGGGUCAGUUUUUUGUCUACCACCCCCAAUUUCAGCUCAUCUUUGUUGGUCACCUUAUUAUAAACUUCCUCAGAGCAAUAAUGGACAUUAGUGUAUCUUUUCGGUUAUAAGGCGCAAUCCAAACUUUUCAAGACAAUUUUUCUAAGUUAGGAAACUGAAAAUUAAGUCAAAAUAUCCGGCUAUAAGGUGCAGCUGCGAUUUUUGGCGAUGUGCCUAAUGAUCCGAAUUCUUCACGGUCUGUACGGCUACUAUUGCGGCCCUUUAAACCAACGAAGCUACUGCACCCAUGUGAACAAAAGCGAAAAAGGUUUAUACAUAUUUUAUUUUGAUCAAAAGUGAAAAAAUCAUACCUGGCAAUCAACACAAAAAGCAUUGUUUUCUAAAGCUGGUAAAUGUUUUUCUUGUAAAUAUUUUUUAUAUAGGAUCUUUCAAUGUCUUUCAAUAUCACCAGAUGUUUUAUAAUGAGUAUUCCAAAGGAAUGAUAUUAAACUCUUAAAUUAUAUAGAAUGCAAAUUAAUGCCUUUCUGCAUCAUCAUAAUGAUCCAGGACCGAGUUGUUCAAAGCUGGGUUAACAUAACCCGGGUUAGUGCUAGAUUUGAAUUCUGAUACGAAAGCUUAAAAAGUAAAUUAAUAAUUCACUUGAAUGUUUUUUGUCAACAAGUUGAUGAUUGGAUGCUCUUAAAAUUAACAGAGAAAAUUAUCCGAGAAAAUGCUUUUGAACAAAAGAAAAAGAAGCCUGGGUUAAGUUUAACCCUGGGUUAUGAGCUAAUUGGCCUUCAAACAACUGGGCCUGGAUAAUAAUAAUGCAAAAUUUAUUUAGCCCCAUUUCGAUUCUGUGAGUUCAUUAACUUAUAAUUAAACUUUCGUCUUUGGAUGGCCUUUUUCUAGCUAAAGUAGAAAUAUGUUUGAAUGCACACUGUAGUCUCUAUGUUGUGCACCGUCCAUAUUUUCAGAAAGAAUUUUGUAACAUCAGUAUCACAUAGCAUGCUAUUGAGUUUCUCUCUUAACCUUGACCUGGGAGUAGGUUGAUCCAAUUAAAGGGGAUGCAGACUUCAUACAACUGAAGAAAUGCUGGCAAUGUCAAUGGAAAAAAAAAUGCACGGACCUUGAAAAUUCUCCACUCCUUUCAUAACUUUUUAAUGGCCUAACUCUUAAAUCUUUUUUGGAUGGGUGCCAGAUAUUACAUUAUUUUAUUUUAUUGUAUUUUAUUCUCUGAUAGUACGAUGAUAUACCUUUAGUAAUAUUAUAAACAGCAACAUACAGUAUGUCACUCUGUUAUUUCCUCACAGUACUUUUCUCACCUUUUUUUGCACUUUCUAGUCUGCAAUAAGGUAAAGUGUGGUGAUCGAGGCUGUUUAAAGGGAGACACAAAUGUUGAGCAAUGUUGUAAUGAGGAAUGCCUUGGAGGAUGCUUCCAGUUGAACUCUGCUCAUCACUGCUACGCCUGUAGGCAUCUACGUCAAAUGUCAGAUGGUAAAUGCGUUAAAAAGUGUGAGGGUCAUCUAUAUGAGGUAAAGUACUUAAUUGUUGCUGGUGAACUUAUCAGAGGAGCCUGCAAUCCUUAAAUCUCCAGGUCUGCUAUUACACAUGCAUGGCACCUUUGUAGCCUCCAGCUUUCACUUGGACUUCCACUAAGAAUGUAUGAAAUGCAUUGAACACAAUUUGAUAAAGUGUGUUUAGACCUUCUGUCACUAUUAAUCUGAUCACCUGAAAAUAAUUACACAAAGCACAGCAUUGGAGCAAACAUGUUUUAACCUUUGCAUCGAUCUUGCCCCUACUCAUAACCUUUGGAUAUUAAUAUGUAAAAUACAAAGUAUUAAAUAGAACAAUCAGUGACAAAAUUAGUUGACACACUUUGACCAAAACGAAAUGCAUUACAGAAAUGUUUUAAACUCCUAAUAAAAAUAGUUCAAAACUCUUUUCCUUAUUGUAUUGAUUGUCACAUUAGGCCUGUGGGGAACUUUGAAAUGGGAACUUUUAAAUUUGGGAAAUUCAAAUUGAAUAUUUAAAACUAACCUUGGAGAGGUUCAGUCAACUGUAUUAAGAAAGUGAUUUUUUUCUUUUUAGAUUGAUGGGUUCAAAUGUGUAGAAAGUUGCCCACGUAAUUAUUUAAAACUUGAAAUUCCUCAUGAAAGUAAGAAAUGUGUCAAAGUUUGUCCUGCUGGAUAUCAGAAAGAUACAAGUACAAGUUCACAACGUUCCUCUUUUCCUCCGAGUAAAAGUUCAGAGUGCAUCAAGUGUGAAACAGUGAAGUGCCCAAGAGGUAUGUGGUUGAAUUAAAGUCAAACCUUUCUCCUGGUGGAAGAACUGCCAUUUAAAAUACAGUCAACUCUCUCAUAUAAGCGACCACCCUCAGUACACAACAAAGUGGUUGCUUAUGGGAGGUGGUCGUCUGUGAGAAAAAUCAAGAUAAUAAGCUCAAACUGAAAUGAUUAACAUAAUUUAUAUAUAUUUAACAUAAUUAUAUUUUUUAUAUAUAUUUAACAUAAUUAAAAUAAUUAACAUAAUUUAUAUAAAUUUAAGUUAUAAUAAUAAUAAUAAUAAUAAUAAUAAUAAUAAUAAUAAUAACAUGAAUAUUUAUACAGGAUAACCUAUCAGUUCUUAUAAAAGAACUGAUAGGUUACCCUGUAUAAAUAUUCGUGUCAUUAUUAUUAUUAUUUUUAUUUAAGUUAUAAAACUCACUAGCUAAAACUUAGGCAAUUAGACAACUGGCUAAGGUCUUUACAUCCAAUAGGGCUUGGAACUGUUGAAGCUUUGUACGUAACAUUUUGCAUCAAUGUUACAAUCCACUUUUUUAAUUACAGUUCAUAUAAUGCAGCUAUAUAUCUUUUUUGUGAGAUAUAAUUUGUGAGCAUGUUUGGUCAAUGCUAUCAAAAACUGGUUUUUGCGACAUUCAAGCAAUGGUUUUUUUACAAUCAUACCUGAUCAUGUCUGGUGGCCACUUAUGAGAAACAGAAAACAAAAGAAUAUAAUUUUAUGUUGAAUUUCUGGUUAAACAAGUGGUCGCAGCCGUUAAGAAAUUUAAGUCUUGGUUUCCUAGGAGAGAGUUUUUGAAAUAGUAUUUGACUCAGAAACAGAACGGUUUUACAGGUCACCAUGGUACAGUAAAUAAACAAGACUAAUUGUUUCCUAGCCCUAAUCACAAGCUGAAAUAGAGUUUUACCCUAAGGGGAAACAGCCUAUCUCAGUUAUUUACCAAUAGAACAGUGACCUACACUUGUGGCCCCCCUUUAGGGAUUUAAUUCCAGAAUAUCCCCCUGCCUUUCAUAUAGAGGAUCCUCCCCUCUCUGAACCUUUUGUGAGUAAAUAUUUUAUGUUACUGUUGGUACGUGCAAAACACCAGGGCCCAGCUGUUCGAAUGUUGGUUAGCGCUAACCCGGGAUGAAAUUUUAACCCGGGUUUCUUUUUCUUUUUAUCAAAAGCACUCUCUAGGAUAGUUUUCUCUAUAUUUCUUUUUAGAGUAUCCAAUCAUCAAAUUGUAGGCAAAGAAAAUUAAACUGAAUUUGCUUUUUAAGCUCUCAUGUCUGAGUUCAAAUUUCACACUAACCCUGGGUUAUCUUAAUCAUUUUUUUCUACACACUUUGUAUAAUGUAUUAAGAUUUAAUCGAAACUGAACAUGUCCAUAAGUCUUUGGUUCUGUGAUUCCAAUGUGUUUUUAGGGUUUGAAACAAACUGAAAAAUCAUAACUCAGCUCCAUCAAAUUAAGUUAAGCAAAAAAAGUUUUCUCACUUUCAUUACUACUGUAUUAUUUUUGAUUCUGCAUUUAGUUUGCAAGACUAGUGAGACAAUUGAGGGACUGGGGUCGUUGGCCAAAUACAAAGGAUGUACUGAAAUUGAUGGCAACUUGCUGAUUACCAUCAGAGGAAGCGGUGUCUCAGGUAAGCCUUAUAUCUACUGUAGUUUAACACAUAAAUACAGUAACAUUAAUGCCUCAAUAGGCCAUUUUACAGUUGUGGGCUUGUAAUUAGUGUCCUAGCCUUUGAGUGAAUGUGAGGUUGAGGUUGACCUUGUUUUGAUACAAACCUCCAUCCUUUUCUAAUGUAAUUUUUGCUUAAAAAAUACUAGUUAGCAUAAGAAAGACAUGAUUUACAGUAAAGCAGGAAGUGUUGUAUCAAAACAAGGUCAACUCCAGCCUCGUUUUCACCUGUAACUGUAAAAUAGGUUUAUUGCCUGUAACUGCCCAUAUCAAAGCAUGUCACCUGUACUACUUGUGAUGUCAUAAGUAAACCAACUCUGACGUAAAAACCUGUGCAGGGAUAAGAGAUCUUUCCUAUAAUACCUCUCAAUAGAGUCUUAGUUACUAAAGGAAGGCAUAGCUAAAAUGUUCUAAAAUGACCUAAAAGGAGCUACAACGGUAUCAUGAAUGACCUAAUAAAUGACUUGGGAGAAGCUACAACAGUAUCUAAAAUAUAUGUAGAUAUCUCAAAUCACUUAUAAAAUUAUCUGAAGGCAAAAUGAUACAAAUAAUUUUGCUGAUCUCGUAUUUGGUUUCGAAACAAUGAAACAGAACGUUAACGUUCAUGCUAACUAUUGUGGACAGUUGUCGUACACACUCCUUAGUUUUACCUUUGAAGGUUUUCUAAACAACUUAAUAACUUUACGCUGAAAAAGAGCGGGGCUAGCAUGUUCCGUUAGUCCUGUUGUCAUGCGGCGUGCACGGAGAUGAUGGCAUAGAAAAAUUUAGUUCGCCUAACAAACCAGUUUUGGUUGGUGCAGAAUAAGUCAGGGUUCGUACAGGUCAUGGAAAACCUGGAAAGUUAUGGAAUUUAAGCAUUUUGUUUUCCAGGCCUGGAAAGUCAUGGAAUUGAAUUAUUGGUUCUGGAAUGUCAUGGAAAAUUAAAGUUUUGUGUGAUAGAUAAGAUACCGCAGAUGAUAAGGCAAUGACAGUGUAAGAUAAAGAGGAGUAAUGAACCAGCGCAAACGGCACACAUUGUGGUGGACACCAGAGUUUGGGUCUGUUGAACUGUUUAAGGUUCAAAGAUACCCCCCAAAAAGGAAAGUUUUUAAAUCUUUUGAAAGUGAAAACCUCUAAAUUUAAUCUUUCCUAAGCUUUCUUCGCAAAACAUGCGUGGCUUCAAACACGCAACGAUUCUUAGUCCCAGUUUCCACAGUCUCCUUUAGGAACGCCUGGCACAGUGAACCCCCAUUUCUGUACAAAACACUACGAAAAACGCGUCCCGCUGCUGACGCAAGCGAGACUAAUAAGUUCAUGAUCCUCGAUACUUUUGCCAAAACGUUUCUCUCUGAAAUGAAGCUUAGCAACUGUCCAACAUUUAAUCUGCUGAAUACAGAUGCGCGUCUUUUUACUACUACGACCAGAAUUCUUUUCGUUUUUCUUUUCAUAUUUAAAUUUGGUAGCCCCAGUGAGGUUUAAAUAACGAAAGCCCUAAUUUGCACAAGAAAGCAAAACCCUGAAGGAUCCUGGUCAUAAUAGUAAAAUGAUGCCUUCAUGCAAAUGGCCUAUUCAAACGUUUUCAACAUCUUUUGGAACGUGUAUCUGUUUGCGUGAAUGAAGCAUCUGUUAUAUGAAGAAUUGUGUAGCCUGGUUCCUUGAGUGUAAAGCAUAAAUUAUCCUCAACAGAUAUUCUACAACUAAAAUCUCACAUUGGUAAGCCUUUUACAACGAGGGAGGGUUUAAAACAAAUGAAAGAUGUCAAGAAAUGUGCAAACAAUCCGCCAUGUUUCAGGGGCACCCAACAAUGGUUUCCUCCUAAAUACAUUGAAAACACUUUUAAGGCUAUCCAGAGUACUUUUAGAUCUCCAGAAAUGCAUUUUAAGAGGCGCUAUAAAAUUUGUAUCUGUUCGGUCAUCCUAGGGGAACUUGAGUCUUUUCGAAAUUGCAAGGGCUUGAGUAUUAUUUUCCCGAAAAUUUUAGAUGAAAUUUUAUGUAGUACGAAAGUGAGACAUUUUCUGAUUCCUCUUGCCAUCAGAUUUUUGAAUCCCAAAAUUUUGGGUUGCCUUUUUUCUACGAAAAAUAACCUAACUUGGGAAGUAAAAUGUGAAAAUUAAACUUCAGAAAAUCUUGGGGAAUUUAUAAGGUAAGCUUGGAAAAUUGUACAUGAAUCAGUGGAACGGUCAUCUAGAAAUUACUAGCCAUCCUCAAGUGAUAGAAAAUGUUAGGCAAUAUUCUCCGAACAAAUAUUUUACGGAAAACAGUCGUUGGGUGCCCAUGAUGUUUGGUCAAACUGUGCUUUGAAACAUUUGCCUGGUUACAAAGCACGGAAGAACGCAACGCGCGAACUGAUGUGGUUUUGAUUGAAAGACGAUUUGUGUGAUCAUUUCAUACAUAAUGGGAUGAAGGCAUGAGGAAAGAUUGGUAGCAGCGAAAAACUCGUACAACAACUUUACGUUUGCCUGGAGAAAGUCACAUUUUUUCGAAAUUGUUAAGUUUUACAGCAGUUACAAGUCUUGUAACGAAUGGGUUUAGGCUUAUAACCGGGUGUUUUGGAUUUAUCUUUCGUUCUUGGUUAUGCUAAUUCUACGAGUUUAAAGUUUAGGGUCUCGGCUUAUUGUCGAAUGAGUACGAUAAAAGUGCAGCUCAAAACAUUAAAACAUGCGAAAAGACUGAUAGGGAACUAAAAUUAGAAAAAUAGUUUUCAAUAUUGUUUAUAUUCUAAGAGCCUGCCUAAAAUGAUACCCAGAUACAGCUAUAUUGUUUACAUGUCGAUCUGUACAUAGUAACCAGUUUACUGAAUGUUUUAUGUUUUCUAGGUAUUGGAAGAAAGCUUGAAGAAAAUCUGGGAAAAAUUGAAAAAGUAAAAGGCUACAUUGUGAUCCGAGAGUGCAGCUCUGUUACAUCUUUAAACUUUCUCAAGAGCCUGAAAGAAAUCGAGCCUGAAGAAGGGAUUUUUACAAAGAAGGCAAUAUUAUACAAUGAUAGGUUUGUGAAGAGUGACAAUCAUUUAAUGUGUUUAAAGUGAAGUACUGUAAAUGGUCAAAACAUUGUCCUCCUUUAAAUAAGAUCCUCCUACGAAUUCUCGAAUUCGCCCCAUUCGGGAAGGGGGGCACUCAAGGGAAGUCUGGGUAGAGGGGUGCCGCCGAGGCCCGUAAUCCCCGACCCUGUUUAAGACAAAAACUUCUCAACUACCCUGUUUAAGGCAGGAGACACAACUUUCCGACCCUGAUUUGCUUUGUUUUGCAUACAGAAUUAGUUAAUUUUUCACACUAAAAUCGUGGAAAUAGAUAUUUAGGAAAAAGUUAUUGGUAUUGCAAAUGUAGGCCGUUCAUCGCAAGUCUUCACACUCUUUGAAAGGCUUCCAGUCCAAAAAAACACCAUGUUCAAGACGCUUAAUAGUGAAAUAGUAUACCCUGUUAAAGACUCAAGACCUUGAAAACCAUACCCUGUUUAGCGGCACAUACCUGCGUAGGCCAAAUAAGGGAGUGCCCUACCUAGGGAAUCAGCACCCCGUCCUGUCUAUAAAUAAAUAUUAUCAGUAGAAAAGCACCCCCCAUCCCUCCACAAAGAAGAAGACCAUCACCGGAUAUACAGAAUAGAAGUGGACUGAAAGAAAUAGAAGCGACCACACACAGGUUUGAAUUCGUUUCUUCUCACUCCCCAGAUACAUGUCUGUCUGGAUUUGCUAAAAGGUACCUCCAGGAAUUUUUCACAACAUUCUCAUUUGAGGCUUGUUUACUUUACUAUUUUUCUUUGUUAUGACAAUUUGAGUACACAAAUCGGAAUCCUCUAACAGGCUGCAGUAGACAACAACAACAACAACAAUGUAUUUAUUUAAAGAAAUAUAAGGUUACAAUACUUUAUGUCCUGCAAAUAGCUAUGCUAAUCUAUCCAGGACAAGACUUUAUUUAAAGUCGUUAUUAAAUUACAUAAGAAAGAAGAAAAGAAAAAAAGUACUUUAAGUUCAAGUACUUUAGUUUAAGGUUUUCCUUUUGUAGAUUUUUAACUUGACUCAUUUAAGUUUACGAUAUAAGGCAUUGGUACGUUUUGAGUUUUAAACCGGCAUGUGCGGAGCGCCCGCCGACAUGACCGAUUCGUGAGCUAAUGAUGCCGCUUUAUACAUCUUUCCCUCCCCUCAUCUCCUAUCGCGAUCAUUUCCCAAAAUUCUGUCCGUGUGAUUAAACAAUCCUAUUUGAAAUCAGCGCGCACGAUAGAUUUUUUUUUUAUGGUCGGUUGAUUUUCUAGAUUUCUUUUUGGCUGCCUGGAGCAAAGUUUUCCGGAAGGCAUCAUUAAGCCUUAUGAAGGAGCAAGUCUCCUGACGAUUGGUAAAGUCUGCCGUCGUCCAAUAGGUUACCGUAUUUCGUCUCAUUUUGGCUAAAUGGGUGAAACACUGAUCUUGGGCUUGAGACGGAAAGGCAUCAUAUUGCGAGCUUUGAUGUGCGAGUCAAAAAGUAGUUUGUAGGAGUGAAAUCUAUUCGACGAGAGCAAAAUUGAUGCUGAUUUCCUACCAGGCGGCCAGUCCUGUAUGUGUUCCGUUCAAAACGGCUCGUGUACAUGCGGGAUCUUGAAUAAAUCGACUUUGUCAGGAAUGUUUGCAUACGUAUGAUGAUUUAUGUGGAGAAAGCGUGAGUUAUUGAGGGAGAGUAAUUUGAUGAUAUUUCGCCCGUAUUAAGUGUGGAAACAUUGUGCUUGGUUGGUUGUGGAUAGUUUUAUCUUUGCCGGGAAAGUGGUUAAUUGUGUGAUUUCCUUGCAGUUGUUGACAGACAGAAUUCAGGUAUUUCGUUGUGCUCGUGUUACAAGGAUAUUGUGUACAAGCAUAAAAACGCGGAGGGUUGUAAUUUGCAGGUUGCAGGUUGCAGGUCACAAUUUGAAGUAUGCGCGAACGUUCAACGCUAAGCUGAUUUUGAGGGAAAAAACUGUCUUUACAGUGUCACGCAAAACCGGAAAUAUCUUUAGUCCCAGGAAAUUGUUUGUUUGGAGUUAGAUUUUGCAGCCCGGAGCCCUAUAGAUCAAAAUUUCGCAGCUUCACACUUUUAAAAAUAACAGCGAAUGGUAAAAAACCGGAUGUGAAAUUGUGGUUAAUGAUCUAAAUCCCACGUGCCAGCUAUCCACGGCGUCAGAAUUUGAUAUGUGACACAAGGUCGCGCCGGAAGUGUCACGCCGUAAGUAUCACGCUUAUAAUACAGUCGACUCCCGAUAACUCGAACCCUCAAGGGAGAUCGAAAAAAGUUCGAGUUAUCGGGAGAAAGGAGAAAACCAGUUUGUACUGCACAGUGAGCAUUUUAAUCACAUUUAAUUGAAGAAUUGUUAAGUAAAAAUUGAAAGAUACUUCUAGAUUAUGAGCCUCAUAGUUUGACAGACUUAAAGGUCAUAAUUUCUGUUGUCAUAAAUGCUGUUCAUUUCAUUACAAAUCUGUCGCUUUUGCCAAGAGCGACUUUCCGUGUGUUGCCAGCGAUUAAUUUGUCCUCUUCAAGCCCUAACUAGCGACUUUAAACUGCUUUUUACUCACCUCAAGGGUCAAAUUGUUAAAACGCACUUGAAAUGUCUACAGGUACCUUUUUACAAAUCCAGUCAGAUGUACAUUCUAGUUUACUGUUACAGUGUGUAUAUGCUCGAAAUAAGGACAAAUAUGUUAGUGGCCAGGAUGUGAGAAAGGAAAAUAAGCACCCCAUUCAAAUAAGUGCCCCCACUUGAAGUAUUGCCCCCAUUUCUUGCUUCAUGCGCUAAUAUUGAGCAUGCAUUUACAGUAUAUUUUUUUAUAUAAAAAAAUUGUUUGUAAUAAGAAGUCAUUUUGAUUAAUUGAUUGAUUAAUUUGCUAUAUGCUCAUCUUGAUGCUUAGGUAUGCACUGGCUAUACUUGACAACCCGAAGCUGGAAGCUAUGUGGCCUUUUCAGCAGAACUUGAGUAUCAGUGCGGGUGGUAUAAUGGUUCAUUUAAAUCCAUAUCUCUGUCCUGGCAAGAUAAAUCCUCUUGUGAAUGAUAUUCUUAGGUGGAAUAGAACUGAUACGCAGAGAAGUGUUGAUAUCUCUGACACAACUAAUGGAAAUGCUGCAGCAUGUGAGUGUUACAUUAAACAGUGUAAGGAAGAUUAAGACUGAAACAUUGAGAGUCUCGAUAAUGAGAACAUCGAAAGAAAAAAGAAAUACUGGUUUUGUGCAGCAUGCAUGUAGAAGAUUAUGUUUUCUUUUACCUUUCUUCCAAAGGUACAAACACAAUCAACAAGGUUUUUAUUUUUUUCGUUCUAUUUUUUAAAUCAAAACCACUGCUAAGAGUUCAACCACAGCAACAUUUCCCCACAUUAAUGGGAAAUGGGUUUGAAUCCUGGCGUGCCUGAAUUUUUUCAGGCUGUCUUUUCUGAGUUGCGUAAGUUGAUCUUUAACUGCGAUAAUCUUCUUUGCAUUUAUCAUUUGGACAUUUGGACUAAUCCAGGAGCAGGCUCCUGAAUAAUCACGAGGAAGUUUGAAAGAAUGGAAUUAAAUUGUAGCAAUACAGACCCUUAUAGCGGUUAUACUUGAAGUGGUGUUUUUUGAGCUGGUUUGAGAGGAAAGCCCAGACAUCAAUCAUUUUAUUGUUGGGUUACCAUGGCGACUCUCUAUUUGAAAAUUUGUUACAUGUAAAGACAAGCUUAUUGACCCCCAAGUUUGUAUCUGUUGGUAAAAAGUAAGUUCCAUACACCAUUUUCCCAACUGUGAGAAAAGCCAAAAAGAAACAAUAGGAUUCAUCAUCAAAACAAACAUUUUUAUGGCAUCCAGUCAUUCCAGUCCCCAUGUACCGAUAAAAAGAAGAUCUGGGAAAAAAGCAAGGUUUUUAUCUAUGGGAGGAAAGCUCUAUAAGCACCUCUCACAGUUAGGCAACCCUCUUCAAAUGAGUAUCCCCCUUUUUGGCCCAGUGUUUGGGUGAUUUCUCAAGGAAAUACAAGAAUGAUUCUAAUCCCUUUAUGUUACUCUCAGGUGAUGUUCAACAAAUAAAUGUGACUUUAGAGGAAGUAGCUAGGGCACCAGGCAGGAGAAGGUGCAGUCCAGUUUGUAUAAAGGUGGAGUGGGAUAAAGUUCCGAUUGCAGAUUACAGGAAUGUUUUGUUUUACACUGUGUCCUACAGAGAGGCGUAAGUGAACUUUUUGCUUAAUUGAUUCUCAUGCGAUAUCCUUAUCCACACCGUUAAGGGGCCAAGGUGGUAAGAGUUAUUCAGUGAGUCAGAGUAAGAGGAGGAACGAGGAAGACUUUCAAGGACAGAAUUUUAAAGGAAAUUAUAUUAAUUUUAAUCAUUAAUCAACACUGAAACUUUUCAGAUUGGUUUGAUGGGAGAGGGGUUCAAAUCUUAAAUCCUUCUGGGGUGACCCUCGUUUUUGCUUGAAACAUUUUAAAUGAAUAUAUUCGUAUAUUCGCCUUUUUCAGCGCUUGAAGAAAUUUUUGAAUUUCAGCUUGCCUGCAAAGGACAAGCUGCACUGAAAUUUUCCUUGCACAGGGCCAUUGCAUCCCUGUUCACCGUUUAUAAUUAAGGUCCUGUCCACCUGUAUCCAGAUAUUUUUGAAAAAGCGAUUUUUUUUCCCUUUUCCAAAAAAAAUACGCGUCCACGCGUAGCGUAUUUGAAUCGUUUUCGCCAGUCCCCUUGAAAACGCUAAAACAAUGGAAAUACGACAACAUCUAACAGAGCAUGCCUAAUGCUAGUAGAAUAUGAUGUAACCUCGUAUCGGAAAACCUUCGUUUUCAUUCAUCUAAGCGAAAGCGAUUAACCAGCGUUUUAAGGGAAAAAAUCUCCGUUUUCAAGCAAAAACGGAUACGUGUGGGCUGACGGGGCCUGAGUGUGUCUAUCUUUUUGACCGAAUCUACCAAAUAUUUCAGUCCCAACAGACAAAUUACUGAAUAUGAUGGUCAAGAUGCUUGCAGCCAGGAAAAUGUGUAAGCAUUACGUUUAACAGUUCGUAGCUAUUAUCAAUAUUAUCUUUGACUUAAACCUUGCUUGUAAGCUCUUAAUCAUUCAACCAAUGUUGACUUAAUUAUUGAAAUGGAUGUUAUUUUUGGUGACAUUCUGCAUUUGUCAUGGUGGAAGUGGAUUUUUCUGGGAGGGGAGACCCGUUCAAUCAUGUCUGUGGUAUGUUGGCCUGCGAGCAAGCUCUCCAAUUUUGGAGAGCGCAACGAGCCGCUAAAGAACGCGUACUCGCAUCUCCUUUCGCUUGCUGCUCUCGCGUGAAUUCUCGCAGGCUAGUGGUGUGAUUUUUUUAGGCUAAUGUUCUAGCGAAAUUAAUUGGUAAACGUUUCUGGUCUGUACGUAAGGCGAUGCUGUUUUUCCUUUUUUGUUGUCUUUGUUUUCUUGAUUUGCUGAUACUUUCUUUUUUUACAAAUAAUAUUGUAAUCUAAAGAGAAAAAGUUAGAAAAGCAAUUUUAGACAAACAUAAUCAUUAAAAAGGCGGUCCUCAGUACAGGUCGAGUGGCUGACAUAUUUUUGUGUUAUUGUUGUUCAUUCAGCUGGACACGCCAGGAUCAUGUUGUGGAGGAUACCAGUGGGUAAGUAAAAGUAAGAAAUGGUGGGGGGGGGGGGUAGUACACAUUUUAUUUGUGUAGGUAGUAGCCUAAUUUGUAGUGAUAUUUGGCAUAAAUACCAGGAGUGAUAUUUCGAAUUGAAAUAUCACGAGUGGUACUUACGCCAAAUAUCACGUACAAAUCAUGCUAUUAUUUGUUUAUACUACUACCCACAAAAGGUUUGUAAUUUUCACAUAUAGGUAUUUCAAAUUAAGCUGAAAUACCACUGCUCUAAGCCAAUCAAAUUGCAGUAAUUUUUCAUGUAGUAGUAUAGACUUAUUUAUUUAACUUCUUGGUUGCAUUUGCACUUUCUAGCUAUUUUAUUUUCCACCUACUAAUAGGCCAUUUUGACUAUGACGGCAUUUGACUACAGCUACCACAAUGCAUGUAGUUUUUGCUUUCUUAUUUAAAUUUGUCAAUCCCGCUGAGAAUUAAAGAGCGAUAGCCUAAGACCCUGUUUACAUGAAGCGGGGGACCCCGGUCUAGUGGGGUAGGUUUCUUUUGUUUUGUGUCCGCCAGAGCGUGAAAACAGAAGAAACUAACCCCACUAGACCGGGGUCCCCCACUCCAUGUAAACAGCCCUUUAAUUUGCACAAGAAAACAUCAAACUGAAAACAGCCCAUAUUUGGCGACGCUACCACAGGUUUCCCCGCCAAGUGACGUCUGAGAAACGAGCACAGAAAUUCCAUACUGAUGACGCGUCACUACCCAAAUCUGGGUAGUGAUCGUGCCGCGUGGGAAAUUUGAUUCAACCCAUCAGAAGCAAUACCCCGAUCUGGGUAGUGACGCGUCAUCAGUAUGAUUGUUUGAAUCAAAUUUCCCACGCGGCACGACCAAUCAGAAGCACUCAUUAUACAAAGGUCUUGUCGAGCCACACUUCGAUUAUUGCAACGCUGUAUGGUAUGGCUUGAUCCAACAGCUUAGUGAGAAACUUCAAAAACUUCAAAAUCGUGCUAUCAGAGUUAUCACUAAAUCUAGCUAUGAUACGAGCUCUAGAUAUCUUCUUAACUCGCUUGGUUGGGACAAUUUAUCGGUUAGAAGCUACUGGUUAGAAGGGCUAAACAAAAGGCUAAUUUAAUGUACAAGUGCAUUAAUAAUCUCGCCCCAGCUUAUCUCUGUAAUUCGUUUGACCCAAGAAGACCGAAUUACUGUUUUGGCAACGCCAAGAAAAAAUUAAUGCUCCCAAAACAGGGACCUGAUUACCUGAAGCGUUGCUUUAGUGAUAGUGGCGCUCUUCUAUGGAACAUUCUUCCUGAGGAAAUACGUACAUCAAAUUCGUUAGGUCUCUUUAAGAGAAGUUCCCAUAGAUGGUUUUCUGAUCAGUACUCCCACACGGCAAAUAUGCAAAACAGUUUUUGAGAAUUUUUAAUUAAUUUUCUAGGUUAGACUGAUGUUUUGAACGAUGUGUAAAUAAAGUUAUCAUUCAUUCAAUGGUCUAGACUAUGCGUGCCCGGCUGCAACGCAAAUUAAAAUCUUUACGACAGCCCUGUCUGUACGUUCCCCAUUUAACAAGAACCACUGGCUACCCAAGCCUUCAAAAUUAAUUCUUGCGAAAAAAAUUAACAAUUACCCCGACGGACGAGGCCAGUCAUUAAGUGUACAGAUUUAUGGAAGUUUAUCUUAGUGAGGGACAGUAUCAGUUUGCGGGUAAAUGACAGUGCAGCACUUUUGGACAAAAAAUCCAGCUUCAUAACUUUAUGCUUUUUUGGUACUUUCUGCGUUUUCUCUUAGGGGAAGGUUAAAUGUCAGCGCAGAGUUAGGAGGUUUACCAUCCCGAAAUCGCAAGGUUGUUGCGUAUAUCCAAAAACUGAAGCAUUUCACACUGUACGCGUUUCAAGUAGAGGCGGUGGUGCUUAAGAAUGAGGGAGCUAAAAGUAAUCUGGUGUUUAUACAGACUAAGGAAAACGGUAGGUCAUAAGGGAUGCUGACCGCACGUAGGUUAUAACUUAAGCUUUUGGGUUUUUUGUCGUCUGUACACUUCUUGUAUUAGAAUAAAUAAACGUUUUCAUGAGCUCUUGAGCGAAGGUUUUUGGUCGCUUAGCAUGGAUAGAGCAACAGGUGGGCUCUACAUAUACCUACAUUGUAUAAGAGGUCUGAACGUAUUUACAUGCAAUUUCUAAGUUACAUGGUACGAUAUGCGUAGUCUCAUGCUAGACUACGAGCAGUCUUUCUUUUUUCUUGGUCCGUCGAGCAAAACGCGCGGGACACGUAAAUAACCACGCGUGGGACUGAAGGCGCGAGACGCGGGCUCGACGCUCGCGCGCGCGUGGACUCCCCUCACUACAUCUGAAGGGCUAACAAAGUUGAAGUCCUGAAUUUUUUUCAGGCUUCUUUACGCAAUUGCUUGCAUCUGAAGAGCAUUUCAAAUUUGAAGUCCUUUCCGAAUUUUUUCAGGCUUCUUUUUCUUUCACGAACCCAAUUGACCUAAAUUGCGUUCACUGCGACGAUCAUUUCUUCAUUUUCAUUUCAUUUUUUUUUUUUCAGUUUAUAUAUGAUUUAUUUCAUUCACUGCGACGUCAUUAACAUUUUCAUUUCUUUCCGCAGUUUAUAUAUGAACAUUUCACGAAACCCACAAUUGACUUGUUCCCAACGUCAGUGGCUUCAUAGCUCAGUUGGUAGAGCAUCGCAUAGGUAAUCGCGAGGUCACCGGUUGAAACCCCGUUGAAGUCCUGAAUUUUUUUCAGGCUUCUUUACGCAAUUGUAUAAAUAGCGUUCACUGCGACGAUCAUUUGUUCAUUUUCAAAAUUUUUCAAAAGCAAACUGUUUUCGUGCUUAAAGAAAGUUGAACACGUAAUCAACUAAUGCAAAAGGCCUAUUUUUUGUAUGAGAGAGGGCGCGUACGAGAGGUGGUCGCACAUGAAGGUUCGACUGUAAUUGUGCAACGUUGAACUUGUUUUUGACAGUACCCUCCCAGCCAGUUGGCCCUGAGGCAAACUAUAUCAACUCAUCAGCGCUGCUGGUCAAGUGGCAGCCUCCAUUGUACCCAAAUGGCAUUAUUACCAGGUACAUUGUGAAGUAUGACUUAAGCGAUUACUCGCCGUGGAAGCAAGACUUGAACUGGUGUAAUCGGCAGAUUUUAACAGGUGCUGAAAGUAAUGUAGACGAUGAGGAAGAUGACUAUAAAAAUCCCGACGGUAAGACUAGCAAGAGAAUUAUUGAAAGUGGUGUAUUUUAGUACUUUUGUAUUACAGUGGAUUCCCGGUAACUCGAACUCUGAAGGGAAAAGCAAAACAGUUCGAGUUAGCGAGGUCGAUUGAAUCUUCAACUUGCCGAGUCAAUAAUUAAGAGUUUACUGAUAUUUCAGUGCUUCAGUAUACAGGAGAGUGCAAAUAAGACUUAUCUCAUCAGAAACUGUAACACUGCCAUACAUUUUUAUGACCGUAACACUGGGAAGUGACUGUCAAAUACGUGAUCUGUUCAUUUCACCUAUUAAAAACAAAUUGCUGUAGUGUGAAAUUUCAGAGUGUUUUUACCGAUUAAAGGACAAGAAGCGCGAACGGGAUGGCAUUCGUGGUGAGUUGAAAGAACCAGAAUUCGAGUUAUCGAGGUAGAUUUGACCAAGGGAAACGAAAUUUAGUGAGAGUUAGCGGGGCAUUCGAGUUAUCCGAGUAAAAGUGACUGAAAAGUUGGGUCAAAUCCAAGGGAAAUUGGACUUCGUCAGUUCGAGUUCCCGGUUUCUACUGUAUCAUUAUUUUUGAAUUAAGGUCCUGAGGAUGGUCCUUUUUGCAAAGUUCUUAGCUUGACUAACGCAGUAGUAUUCAUGCGCAUGUGUGCGUAUGGUACGGACGUGGUUUCCGAGCUCCUGAAAUCUUGACCGAAUUUUAUUACUAAAGACUAGGAAUAAGCAAGUAAAAUGGUCAAAGAAACUGUUCAAUCACUGAAAGCUGAGAAUGACAAGUUGAAGGAGAAAGUAGAUACUGUCCACGACACUUUACUCCGAAUACUUUCAGAAGAAAAUGAUCAUUAUAUUGAUUUACCCGACUUAAUAACAAAAAUUUCCUGAAAACUCGGCUUCUUAUAUUUGCAAUGUACAUGAUUAUAAACUUAGUUAAAUUGAAUUUAUUUUUAUUUACUUGUUUAUUUAUUUACCUUUUUCUUCUUUUUUUCUACUCUUUUUCUCUAGUCUUUCUUGUGAUCUAUCUGUAUAUAUAUUACAUACCUGUAACCACUACUCGCCUCGACUAGCUAAUCUGCUAACUGCGGGCAGUGGAUAUUGCUUUGUGUAAAAUUUGCCAUAAUUAAUAAACAGUUAAACAGUAAAAGCAAAUUUCAACAUGGACCGCUGAAAUGUGUAAAUUUAAUUGUAGGUGACCGUAUUUUCUAGGAAUAAUUAAACAAUUCAUAUGUAAGCUUAUUGAGGUCAAAACGGGAAGUGAGGAGCAUUCGGGUCUAACGUAAUUCAAAAAACAAAGAUGGACUGAUAAAUGCAGGCUUACGUUCCGUUGUUCGUGCUUAAACAAUCUGCUUGUGAUGCCUGCCCAGUGGCGUAAUGUUAAGCAGCUGACCAGCGUCCGGUAGAGUUAUCAUUUUGGGAUCCAGGAAAGGUGCGGUGUAUGUCAGGAUCUCGAAACGCACCGUAUUGAAUCCGUCUUCAUGUCUCUUGUCGUCUUUGUUUCUGUAAACCUGUAAUCACAGUACAAAGUGUAGUGAAGGCUAGCACUUCUCAUAUUUCAUUCGAGAGCUUAAGCAACAACGACGGCGGUGGCUACGAAAACGCCACCAAAAAAGUGAAUUCGCGCUGCCUCAAACUUUAUCGUGCUUAUUCCGUCUCGAUCAAUUUGUCGAAUGUUGGCAAUUUUUUCUGGAGUUGAAUUGUAGCAUAAGCUCCGUAUUAUCUUCUAGGCCCGCCUCUCUAUCGUGGGUGCACAUAACUGAUAUCUUAGAAUGCGCUUUUGGUUCGUUAUAUCCCAGCAGUAUGAAGAUAGAGGGAAUGGGGUGUUCUAUUUAAAAGAGUGUCGACAGUUCGUCAACUGAUGCUGACAAGUUAAGAAUCUUCCUCAUCCAAUUUUUCCAUUAUGUUCUUGUUAUAUCUUGUAUUUUGCUAACAGGCACUUGUAAGAGAAACAUAACUUGUGACUGUGACAAGAAAACCGAGGAAAAGGAAAGGCCUGAGAGGCAGGCUGCGAUAUUUGCAAAAGAAUUCCAAGACAAGUUAUACAGGACAAUUUUCACUAAAGAAAAUGAUGAUAAAGAUCCACCAACAAACAAAUCCACUGUGGUCUCUACGACUCCCUCGACGACCAACAGUCCAACCAACUGUAGUAAUGACGCCCAGGUGAGGAUAGAAACUAUUGUGGUAUUCAUCUGGUAGUGGUCAACGAUCACUUUGUAAGGACUACUUAACAAUUUCCGUAAAGGCGCAGAGAUCUUCGGUAUUCAUAGACUGGAAAACGGUCGGGUUUUUUUCUCAAAAUCAGUUUAGCGUAGCAUAAAGAGUCUCACACCCUCGUCUUUCCCCAGGCUCGCUCCAGACCUUUUGUUUCAGUGACCUUUUGCGCGUUCAGUGGAACCCUGAUAAUGCGACCCGCACCGUUGGGCCAUAAAAUCCUGGUCGUAAUAACGAGGUGGUCGCAUUGAUGGGGUCUUCAAAAUAAUAAAAUGAAUCAUUGAUUUUUGCGUUUGGGUCGAAAGAAUGUCGUCGAAAUAACGAGAUGGUCGUGUAAACUGGGUGGUUGUAAGGCGGGGUUCCACUGUUCUUGAAUACGCAAAAAUACGAACUGUUUUGCCGUCCACUGUAUUUACUUCCAGGGUCUUAGAUUUGAGAAGUUGGGGUCUCCAAUUUCUAAUCUCACUGGGUUUUUGUUACCUACUUAAGCUGUGUUAGAUUAAGGUGAAAUGCGUGACUACAGUGGCACCCCACCUUACGACCACCCCGUUUAUGCUACGAUCUCCUUAUCACGACCACAUUCUUUCGACCCCAACGUAAAAAUCAGAGUCGUUUUAUUGUUUUGAAGACCACAUCUGUUCCAAUCCAGAGUUAAUUUUUUUUCGAUCUUGUUACUGAAUUUAUAACUUAACUC